AUGUUAUCAAUAGCAACAAUUCUCGGCAUAAUCAAUUGGUGUUCAGUUUUUAUAUGUAUUCUCAUAUUUUUAUUGAUUUUUGCAUUUAUAUUUAAAUGUCGUCGAGAAUUACAUGAUGCAUCUUUACUAUUAACAUGUUAUACUUGUUUGGUUACAUUAUUAACGUGUUUUACAAUGAUCGUAAUGACUAGUUCAAACUUAUUUACAGGAUUUUUAAUUUACAAUAUGAAAUUUUGUUUCGCAUGGGGUUUAUUCUAUGAUAUAUUUGAAUGUGCAAUUUACUAUAGUUAUUGCUUACAAGCAAUAUAUCGUUUAUGUCGUAUUGUUUUUUACACAAAGAAAUUUCUGGCAUCCUCUUCAUUAUAUUUUAUAUUAAUUAUUUGUCAAUGGCUAUUGAUAUUAGCUUUUCUUGUACCACCAGUUUUUGUCGAUUGGUAUGCUCGUUUACCAACAGAAAAAUAUUGUCUUAUUCCUUACACAUAUGUUAUUGCAGAAGUCUAUCAUAUUCUUAUUUUAUAUCUUAUUCCAUUAAUAUGUAUUGGAAUAAUAUAUAUAUGGAUAACUACAUUUAUGCGUCGGACCACUCAUGCAUCGACAAUUAUUAUUGCAGUUAUACAACGACAACGAAAUCAAAGAGAUUUAACAGUUAUUAAACGUAUUAUAAUGUUGAUAGGAGUAUUAAUUUUAUUGCGUUUUCCAACAAUUAUUUUUAUGGUAUAUGCAAUUAUUGUUGGACGUCUAUAUCCAUUAACAUAUGGAAUAGUUGGCGUUAUUACAUCAACAUGUUUAAUAUUUAUUGGAGUUGCAACAAUUUAUACAACACCACCAUUACGAAAACUAAUUCACAACCAUUUCGUUCAUUACAAUAAUCAAGUGCAAGCUGGACCAAUACCAAUGAAUCACAUAGGUGCUCUAAAAACAGUGAGUAAUCACAUCAAAAGCGUUCAAAAAUGCAAACAAAAUGUUAUUCCAUCGGUACAAAAUCAUUCGUAA